GAAAACCAAACACAGGAAAAAGAGAGAAGAAACGACGAAGUUUGAAAGAAAAGGGGGAGAGAGAGAGAGAGAGAGAGAGAGAGAUUUAUCGGAGGGUUUUUAAUAAAAAGAGCAAGAAAUCAAGAAACUCGAUUUGGGUUUCUUUGUUUUUCGGAGAUCUUCUCAUUUUUCUGAGAAAGGUUGCAUCUUUCGACGUUUCACUGCUCUUCAAUGCAGUAUUCCUUAGAUGGAGAAGGAAGAAAAGAAUCCAAGAGAGAGAACAGUUCCGGAAGCGGAUUUUCUCUUGCAAUGGGGGAAUAGAAGGAGGCUACGAUGCGUUAAGGUGAAGGAUGACGUCAUUUUAGAGAAAUCCAACGGUUCGAUUAGGAAGAAAACCACCUCCCGGGUCGAUUUCCGCAUCGUGAGAUCUGAAAAAGCAUCCCCUUCUCAUUACCCCAAUCGCUUCAACAGGAACGCCGAUUCCGCGACGAUCCGAUCGAGUGUGACUGAGAACAGGAAAUCACAGUCAUCCUCUCCCGAGAAAGAGGACCGGUACUACACGACGAGAGCGUCGGCAUUCGACGAUGGUGGGGGGAAGAUUUCAACGGAUGGAUUUGAUGAGAAGGGGUUUAUUUGGCCCAAGUUCUUCGUUUCUCUGUCAAGCAAAGAGAAAGAGGAGGAUUUCAUGGCCAUGAAAGGGUGUAAGCUGCCUCAGAGGCCUAAGAAGAGGGCUAAACUAAUCCAAAGAUACAUACACUUGGUGAGUCCUGGUGCAUGGUUAUCUGAUCUUUGUCAAGAGAGAUAUGAAGUUAGGGAAAAGAAAAGUUCUAAGAAGAGACCGAGAGGUUUGAAGGCAAUGGGGAGUAUGGAAAGCGAUUCGGAUUAGCUUAGAGAGAGAGAGAGAGAGAGAGAGAGAGAGAGAGAGAGGCCAAGGGCUCUCUCAUUCCAUUCGGUUUUUGUAAACGGGAUGGUGUUUGUUUCUCUCCUUCUCCUAAAUAUGCUUUCUUCCGUUUCUUGUCUCUUUUUAUUGCUGGUUUAGGGAAUCCAUCCUCAAAAAAGAGUUUUAA